AUGGAGGCUACCGACUCAUUCCACCUGUAUUCUUUCUUUGCCUCGUCUUGCUGCCAGAGAGUCAUCAUCGCGGCGCAUCUCAAGUCCAUCCCGCUCACGUUUUCCUUCAUCGAUCUGAGCGCAAAGCAACAACUCGACGAUGACUACCAGCGGUCUCUGAACCCCAGCCGGAGCGUGCCCACUCUCGUGAUUACCAGCAAAGACGGCAAAAAAACAAUCAUCCGGCAAUCUCUGUCCAUCCUGGAGUACUUUGAGGAGCGCUUCCCCGAGCCGUCUCCGCUGCUGCCCCCGCGUGACAAGCUCGAAGAGCGAGCCCGCGUCCGCGAUUUUGUCAACAUCAUCACCUCGGAUGUCGCCCCGCCUACCAACUCGCGCAUCACGCAGCGGGUGAGGGAUAUUCGCGAUGGGCGCGACGACCAGCACGACUUUGCCAAAGCUUGCUUUACCGACGGUUUCAAGGCGUACGAGGCGCUGCUCACCGAGACUCGGGAAAUGGCUGCGUCGGGUGGAUUCACGGUGGGGGAGGCCGUGACGAUGGCGGAUGUCUGCCUGGUGCCAACUGUCGACCAGGCUUUCAUGUACAAAAUGGACUUGGCUUUUGUGCCAAAAGUCCAGAAGUUGUAUGAAAGCCUCAAAGCUAUGCCGGCCUUUCAAGCAGCGGACUGGAGGAAACAGCCCGACACUCCUGAGAAAUACCGCGCAUAG